AUUCAUUCCUGCACGUAGGCCCACGCGCCUGCUCUCUCCUCUUUCUCUCUCAGAAUGACACUUCUAGGUACUGCUUUGGGUACGGUUUUCUAUUUACUUCAAGCUGUUUCUGGAGAAAGUGGCUAUGCAGAGAAUGGAGACUUUGAUGACGCAGAACUGGAUGACUACUCAUUCUCGUGCUACAGUCAGCUGGAAGUGGACGGAUCCCAGCACUUGCUGACCUGCGCAUUUGACGACCCAGACAUCAACAGCACUAAUCUGGAAUUUGAAAUAUGUGGGGCCCUUUUGGAAGUAGAUUGCCUGAGUUUUAAUAAACUGCAAGAGAUGUAUUUCAUCAAGACAAAGAAAUUCUUACUGAUUGGAGACAGUAAAAUAUGUGUGAAGCUUGGAAGAAAAAACAUGACUUGCAAAAAAAUGAACAUAGUCAAGAUAGUUAAACCUGAGGCUCCUUUUGACAUACGAGUCGUCUAUCGCAAGGGAGCAAAUGACUUUGUGGUGACAUUUAAUACAUCGCACUUACAAAAGAAGUAUGUGAAAGAAUUAAUGCAUGAGGUAGCCUACCGUCAGGAAAAAAAUGAAAAUGAUUGGAUGCACGUGAAUUUAUCCAGUACAAAGCUGGUGCUCCUACAGAGAAAGCUACAACCCAAUGCGAUGUAUGAGGUUAAAGUUCGGUCUAUCCCUAACACCAACUAUUUUGAAGGCUUCUGGAGUGAAUGGAGUCCAAGUUUCCACUUCAGAACUCCAGAGACCAAUGGCCCAGAGGAGACGGAUCCUGUUUUACUAAUUAUCAGCAUUCUGAGUUUCUUCUCGGUGGCUCUGAUGGUCAUUCUGGCCUGCGUGUUGUGGAAAAAGAGAAUUAAGCCUAUUGUAUGGCCCAGUCUCCCUGAUCAUAAGAAGACUCUGGAACAACUAUGCAAGAAACCAAAAAAAAAUUUGAAUGUGAGCUUCAAUCCGGAAAGCUUCCUGGACUGCCAGAUUCACAAGGUGGACGGCAUUCAAGCUAGAGACGAAGCAGAAGGCUUUCUGCAAGACCCGCUGCCUCCACAGCUAGAGGAGUCUGAGAAGCAGAGGCUCGGAGGGGGUAUGCAGGGCCCCAACUGGCCCUCCGAGCCUGCAGGCAUCCCCCAGAAAACUUUCAGAGGAGAGUCACCAUUCAGAUGCCUGGUUGGGAAUGCCAGUGUGUGCAGUGCCCCUGGGCUCCCCUUCUCCAGGUCCCCAGACUGCAGGGAAGGUGGCAAGAACGGGCCUCUCGUGUACCAAGACCUGCUGCUUGGCCCUGGAACUACGAAUAGCACCCUGCCCCCUCCAUUUCCGUUCCAACCCAGCAUCCUGACGUUGAACCCUGCUGCCCAGGGGCAGCCCAUCCUCACUUCCCUGGGAUCAAGUCAAGAAGAAGCCUAUGUCACCAUGUCCAGCUUCUACCAAAACCAGUGAAUUGUAAGAAACCCAAGACCAGAACCAUCGUGAUGAACGAAGAUAACUGAGUCCCACUCUCGCUCACAACACAAGGAAGACAAAGUGACUGCAGCCCUUCAACACAGUCCACAGGAUUCUGAAACAGCACUUCGACCAUGCCUCCCUGCUUCGGUGGCAGGAGACAGGGGCUUUCUGCUUCAGGCAGCACAAUGAUUCAUUUAUUUCAGAAAGGAAAAAGAAGCAGUAAAGAGUGAAAGAAAGGGUGGAGGAGAAGAUGGGGGUGGGGAGGACAGAAAGGGGGCAAGAGAAUAGAGACGGAAAGGAGAAUUAGAAUGAUAGACACCAUUAUCAGGACUUAGUGUGUACACAAUGGCAUGCUACGUGCUCUACACAUCUUGUCUCACUGCAUCCUCAAAAUAAUCCUGGGAGGCGGGUGCAAUUAGUAGUAUUCUCUGUGUUACAGAGGAUGAAACUGACUCAAAUUAACUUGUCCAUGUUCCCCACUCAGCAAGGAGUAGAAUCAAGAUUUGGUGCCCAGGAGUCUAACUGCGUCUCCUUUAAGUCAUGUGCCUUUCUCGUAACAAGGAACUGUCUCACCCUCGAGUGCCAAACCUCACUUAGAACAGGGUGACCGUAUAAUGUAUUGUCCAAACUGGGUCACUUCUGCAAGCAAAAGGGGGAGUUAUAAAUAAUCAGUCCGGGACAAGUGUAAACCGGGAAUGUCCCAGGCAAAUGGGGACCUACGGUCACCAAAACUAAAAAGCUACAAGGAAGACGGGGGCGGGGGGGGGGAUAGUCUCAUGAUGUGUGAAGCCCCAUGACCAGGCAUGUCUACAAAACGUGGAGAAGGCAAGACAGAGCCACAAAGCCCAUUUUAUUCCAUUUUUCUGAAAAAGUGCUCAGGGGAGAACCAAGGAGAAGCCUGGAAUUCCUAUAGUGCGUUACCAAGAGCGUGAUCCUCUUGCCCCUCCCACCCAACAGCAUAUCCACUGAUGACGGAAGAACCAGUUAUCGACUCAGACACGGGUGCAUCCAAGCCAUGACCCAGGGAACAGUCCUUCUAUGUGUGUAGAAACUCCCCAACCCAAAUGCAUCUGCUGUCCCAAUUUCUACUGCCAUGAGUGCGGCCACAAACUUCAGGGAGAAGGAAUUCCAAGCCCAUGCAGUGAGGGAGCGGACCGUGGCCACGUUCUUGAAGAUAUUGAGAACAUCUGACACAUGUCCUCUUGCAUUGCUUGGUCCAGAUAAAUUUUUAAAGUCUGUCUUAAGCCACAUCAAGGCAGCGCAGCCGUCUUAGCUCAGGGGAGUGCAGCUGAUCGCUCUCCGCAGAUCCCCAGACCACCCCCACCCACACUAGCCA